AUGGUUCUGCAGAAGGCCCCAGAGGGCUGUUUUGUGGGGCUAUGGACCGAUGAUGCCGAGGUCACAGUCUUUCUAUCAGGAGGACCAGUCACUAACAAUGCACCUACUGUCAGUGUGGCUGCCGGGAAAUGGAGGAUGACCCUUGUCCCAAUGGAAGCUGGCGGUCCCUACAACUUGACUGCAGUCCUCCAGAACAACCACGGUAUCACUCUCACAGACGUGCUGUUUGGUGAUGUCUGGCUGUGUGGGGGACAGGGCAACAUGGCUUUCACAACGUCUCUGGUGUUCAAUGUAUCAGAGGAGCUAGCUCGGGUCUCCAAGUUCCCUCAGGUGCGGAUCUUUAUGGCUGCCUUGGAGCAAAGCGACACUGAGCUGACUGACCUGGCUGGAGUGGAGGUGCCCUGGUCUGUCCCCACAGCAAAGGCAUGGUCCUCCCCACGAGCACUCCAACACUGUGACCUGGACAGGAUUAACGGGUUCCCCAUGCCAUAUACACCUUCAAUGUAUUUGUCUAAGCGGACUAACUCUGUGUUGUGGAAUGCCAUGAUCCAUCCACUUCUCAACAUGACCAUCAAAGGAGCUAUCUGGUACCAAGGUAAAACAGCUUGGGGUCUAUAUAUUUAUCCUGAGGUCUCUACGUAUAGAAAGGCUUCCUUAAGUGAGGGAUUUCCAAACAUACGCUGGCACCAGACUGCAGACUAUGGCUUUGCUCCCAACCUGCGUAUGAAGAACACAUUCAUGGCUGUUGCUAUGGACUUAGGAGAUGAAAUGUCUCCUUUUGGCAGUAUCCAUCCCCGGGAUAAGCAGGACGUGGCCUAUAGACUGUCUCUAGGGGCGAGAGCUGUGGCUUAUGGGGAGGAGGGCGUCUCAUUCCAGGGGCCUUUCCCUAGAUGGGUCCUGGUCAACGACCAGUAUAUCAACGUAACCUAUGACCAGAGUGUCUGUCACUCAUUCGAAAGAUAUUUUUCAGCCGGCCUGCGCUACGCAUGGAGGGACUGGCCUUGUGACUUUAAGGCAUGUCCUGUUUACAGUGCUGAUGGGGUUCUACCUGCACCUCCCUUCACUCCCAACCGCUGGCCGGACAAGCAGUGA